AUGCUUGGCGAUGACAUGGAUGACACUCACCUUUGCAUCAAAUGCAGUAGAUCAAUUGUUGGACUGGAGAACUACAUUCAACAUCGUAAGACCAAUUGUUCGAGCAAAGCUUCUGAACCAAUUCCACGUGAGCCAGAACCGAGUGAACAUCAUCAGUACAGGAACUUUGGUUUCACCGAAACUCCAAAUUAUCACAAGCCAGAAGAAGUGGUGAAGACAAACAAAUCGCUGACAGAUUCUUACGAUAUACCUUACGACCUUGGGGCCGAUGUUUUCUUUUCAUCGUUGGAGCUGCAGAGUAGCUCACGCAAGCCAAUACCCAAUCCAACUCCUGUUUCAACUAGUGGAAAACAUAGCUCAAGUACUAAAAUCCUGACAAGAAAAGCUACUGCUGCAUUAUUGUCGCAUAAUGAAACUAAUGACGAUUGGAUUAGUCCUUCCAAUAAUACAGACAGUCUUAUGAAAGCAGUCCGAGAUAUAAGUGGAACGAAAAAGUGUGAUAAUGUCUUCAUUGUACCAUUUCAACAUGACUCGCCAGAGCCUAGUGAAGAAGAAGACGAUGAUGAUGAGGACUAUGAAGGUCCCCCUUCCACUCAUACCGGUGGAAAGUGGAAGCCAGGAAAUACACUUUCACCAACUAUUCUGCGGAAUUCUCCAGCAUGGGAUGAUCGUUCGCAAUGGGAGCCAUCUGAACAUGAUGACGAAAAGGUUGUAAAAACCCACGACAAUGAUGAUUUUGAUCAUGACUUGAUUCCUCCACCUGGACAUACCAAAGGGAAAUGGGUGCCUGGGACAAAGAUUGUCAAAUUGGACUAUAAAGAAGAAGUAGAAGUAGAGAAGAUAUUUUCUGAUCAGUAUUGGUGUAACACAUGUAAUAGGAAGCUAGCAACAAAACUGUUGUAUGAACGCCACAUAAAAUCUAGCCUCCAUUUAAAGAGAUCAGAGCCUGAACAGGAGUUGGAGCAGGCAAUUCCAACACUCCCUAAAAUUUCCGAACGAGUAAAGAAACGAUCAGUAUAUCUGAAUGCCGAUCUAUAUCUCACAGAAAAUCCAGCUGUUCCAGAAGAUACUAAAUCUGCCACCACUGAGAAGCAAAUAAGGAAGCGCAGAAAAUAUUUCAUGAGAUGCGAGACUUGUAAGAUGCGUCUUCGUAAGGACAUCCUUGGUAAACAUUUGAUAUCUCAUUAUCACUAUCGGCGCAUGUCACGAAACCCUGGAAAAUCCUUCGAUCUUGUAUUGAAAAAUAUCGACAAGAUUGUCCAUCAAGCGCCAUAUCAAUGCCAGCCUUGUAGGUUUUACACCAACACUCAAGAGGAUUUCAUGAAUCAUUGGAACUGCAACGAUCACGCUGAUGUUGUUGAGGGUCCUGGAAGAUUCUGUUGCAACUUCUGCAAGUUCGAAUGCGAAGACAAUAACCAAAUGCGUCGUCACCUUUUGGGGCAAGAACACCGGGAGGUAAUAUUAGCAGUGAACAGAUCCUUUCCCAUCGUUAUUGGAAAACGAAUUUCGAUAGAAUGCCCUAAGUGCAAGCAAGGAUUUCGAUAUAAUAUUGAACUCAGAAAACAUGCCGGCCAAUGCACUCGCGAGCCAGCGGGUACAGCGUCAAACGAUUACCAAUCUAAAUUCAUUUGUCCGAUUUGUAAGGUAUCUUGCAAAUCGCAACUUGCACUGCAAAAACAUCGACUCCGGCAACAUAAGAAUCGUAGCUUUUUCUGCUCGAUUUGUAAGAUUGAAUUCAAUGAAGCCUUGGAAGCGAAAAAACAUCGAUCAUCGUCUUUACAUCGUGUUACAGCAGCUACUUUGAAAAACACUAAAUGUUUGAGUAAGAAGUGUCAAACAUGUAGUGAAGUGCUAAAAAAUCUUCUGGAACUUAAAAAGCAUCUGGAAGAUAAACAUCCUGAUGCGAAACAUGCUUGUCCUCACUGUGGUGACAAAUUUCUUUUGCCUCAGGAAAUAAGCCGGCAUAUACGGGAUAAAAUCUGUCAACCCUCGACGUCACAGGAUCCUCUGAAGCAGGAAGUUUUCCAAGCUAGAGAUGAAGUCAAUCCAGGAUCAACUGCUUGUACCUCAAAAGCUGAACUUUGUCCUACUGGAACCUCAAAGGAGUGGAAUUGUUCCGAAUGCAGUUACAGAUCUCCCCUCAAAGCAGAACUCCUUUAUCAUCAAGUUCUCCAUAAUUAUCCAAGAGCGGAUAUUAACACUCAGCUCCCGUGUUCGAUAUGCGAGAAAACCUUUCGAAAAUAUUCCCUGCGGUACCACUUGCGGCAGCAUACUAACGAGCGUGUGUUCGAGUGUGAUCAGUGUCAGAUGAAAUUUUCCAGAAAAUACAAUCUGAAAACCCACGUAGAUAAUAUUCAUUGCAAAAAACAGAAAGAAGAGGUGACCAGUGAAAAACCAGCAUCCUUCCAAUGCGACGUUUGUGGGAAGUGCUUCAAUAACAAGCAUUGUUUAACACAACAUGGGACAGUACAUAAGGAACGCGAUCAAAAGUUUAAAUGUCCAGUGGAAGGAUGCAUCUACAUUGCAAGAAGUUCAGGCGAAUUGAAAGUACAUUGGAGCGCUCAUACUACGGAGAAGAUAUUUCCAUGUAGUGUAUCUGAUUGCAAUUACAAGGGAAAGACGUUAGUGUUGUUGAAAAGACAUAUGAAGAUUCAUAAACCUGUAGACAAAACUUUCGAUUGCCCUCAUUGCGACUUUAAAGCCAAAAUACCAGGACAUCUGAAGCGACACAUUCGGAUUCAUACAGGGGAGAAACCAUAUAAAUGUCCAUAUUGCACUUUCCAGUGUAAUACUUCCGAGAAUUUAAGGAAACAUGUCCUUACGACGUCAAUACACACUGGUCGAAGUCUCUACGAGUGCCAGUACUGCGGACCAACCGACUUUUUCAAGACGAAUUUUCAAAAGGAGUACCGAACCCAUUUAGUAGUGGUUCAUCAUGUGAAAAGUUAAUUAGUUUAUAAGGAGAU